GAAACGUUAACGACGAGAAUCGAUAUUUCGCACCAGAGGCUGAUAUCGGACCUGUGCCCCACGCCUCCGUCGUAGCAGCGUGAGUUUCCUAGAGCGCGGGAUCGCAGCAAUUCUGCGCAGGCACCACCGUGGCCUUCCCUAUCUCUCUGCUGGGCCCUCCGUGCGCCGGGAGAACCCGGGUAGUUGGCCUCCAAGAUGGCUUCGUUGUUGGCGGUAAAUUCGGCUGCUAGCCUCUGGGGUCCAUACAAAGACAUCUGGCAAACAGUGGGAAAUGCCAUUUGGAGAAGACAACCUGAAGCUGUACACCUUCUUGACCUGAUUUUAAAGAAACACAAACCUGAUUUCAUCUCAUUAUUCAAGAAUCCAGCCAAAAAUGUUCAGCAGCAUGAGAAGGUUCAGAAGGCAAGUACAGAAGGAGUUGCUAUCCAGGGUCAGCAAGGAACCCGACUUCUUCCUGAGCAGCUCAUUAAAGAAGCCUUCAUCCUGAGUGACCUCUUUGACAUUGGUGAACUAGCCGCUGUAGAACUUCUUUUGGCUGGAGAACACCAGCAGCCUCAUUUUCCAGGCCUCACAAGAGGAUUAGUAGCAGUUCUUUUAUACUGGGACGGAAAGAGAUGCAUUGCAAAUUCCCUCAAAGCCUUGAUACAGUCACGGCGAGGCAAGACAUGGACACUAGAACUCAGUCCUGAGCUGGUGUCCAUGACAACACGUUUUACAGAUGAACUAAUGGAACAGGGAUUGACUCAUAAAAUCCUAUCUCUAGUGUCACAAAUUGAUGUGAACAAUGAGUUUGAGAAACUACAACGGGAGAGAGGCUUGGGCAGUGAAAAACAUCGCAAAGAGGUUUCAGAUCUCAUCAAGGAAUGCCGCCAGUCUUUGGCAGAAAGCCUAUUUUCCUGGACCUGCCAGUCGCCUUUAAGCAAAGAUGAUACUCUGCUCCUUAUUGGCCAUCUAGAAAGAGUCACAGUUGAAGCUUCUGGCUCAUUGGAUAGUGUGAACUUGGCUCUCGUCAUGGCUCUCCUUUACUGCUUUGAUAUCAGUUUCAUAGAGCAGGGUGCAGAAGACCGAGAAGAUAUAAUUCAUCAACUACCGCUGUUAACAGAGAGACAGUAUAUUUCAUCAAUUCACUCUCGCCUUCAAGACUCACAGCCUUGGAAACUACCUGGGCUGAAAGCCACUGUUAGACUUGCCUGGGCAUUGGCAUUGCGGGGGAUAUCCCAACUCUCUGAUGUGCCAGCUCUUGCUGAAUUUACAGAAGCAGAUGAAGCAAUGGCAGAACUUGCAAUUGCAGACAAUAUCUUCCUUUUCCUAACUGAGUCUGUAGUGGGCUCAGAAAACUUCUACCAAGAAGAAUUUUAUAUCCGUAGAAUUCAUAACCUCAUCACAGACUUCCUUGCACUUAUGCCAAUGAAGGUGAAACAGUUGAGAAAUAGAGCAGAUGAAGAUGCUCGAAUGAUUCACAUGAGUUUGCAUUUGGGUAAUGACCUUCCUAUUUCACUUCGGAGAGAUCUGGAACACCUUAUGCUUUUGAUUGCUGAGCUGUAUAAAAAGAACCCUUUUAAUUUGGAGCUUGCUUUGGAAUAUUGGUGUCCUUCAGAACCUCUCCAGACUUCUACUAUCAUGGGAUCUUAUCUAGGGGUAGCUCAUCAGAGACCCCCUCAACGCCAGGUUGUCUUGUCAAAGUUUGUUAGGCAAAUGGGAGACCUACUUCCUCCUACUAUUUAUAUUCCAUAUUUGAAAAUGCUCCAGGGAUUGGCCAGCGGGCCGCAGUGUGCUCAUUACUGCUUCAGUUUGUUGAAAGUCAAUGGCAGUAGUCAUGCUGAAAACAUUCAAGGAGCAGGUGGCAGCCCUGUUUCCUGGGAGCAUUUCUUUCACUCUUUGAUGUUGUAUCAUGAACACUUAAGGAAAGAUCUGCCCAGUGCUGAUAGUGUCCAGUACCGUCAUCUACCUUUGCGAGGCAUCACCCAGAAGGAGCAGGAUGGAUUGAUUUCCUUCUUACAGCUCACAACUACUAUCAUUACCUGGAGUGAAAAUGCUCGUUUGGCUCUCUGUGAGCAUCCUCAGUGGACCCCUGUGGUUGUCAUCCUGGGACUCCUGCAGUGUAGUAUUCCUCCUGUUUUAAAAGCUGAGCUGUUGAAGACACUUACAGCCUUUGGAAAAUCUCCUGAAAUUGCUGCUUCCCUGUGGCAGUCUUUGGAAUAUACACAGAUACUACAGACUGUAAGGAUCCCAAGUCAGAGACAAGCAAUUGGCAUUGAGGUUGAACUAAACGAGAUAGAAUCCAGGUGUGAAGAAUAUCCACUCACAAGGGCCUUUUGUCAGCUGAUUAGCACACUAGUAGAAAGUUCAUUUCCAUCUAACUUGGGGGCUGGACUUCGUCCACCUGGCUUUGAUCCAUAUUUGCAGUUCCUCAGAGAUUCUGUGUUUCUUCGAUUUCGCACUAGAGCUUAUCGCAGAGCAGCUGAAAAGUGGGAAGUAGCUGAGGUGGUGCUGGAGGUGUUUUAUAAGCUGCUUAGAGAUUAUGAACCUCAGCUGGAAGAUUUUGUGGACCAGUUUGUAGAAUUGCGAGGAGAAGAAAUCAUAGCCUAUAAACCUCCAGGAUUUAGUUUGAUGUAUCAUCUUCUGAAUGAGUCACCAAUGCUGGAACUGUCUCUUAGUUUGUUGGAAGAAGGGGUCAAGCAGCUUGAUACCUAUGCACCUUUUCCUGGAAAGAAACAUUUGGAGAAAGCAGUGCAGCACUGCCUCGCUCUUCUCAAUUUGACUCUGCAGAAGGAGAAUCUCUUUAUGGAUCUUCUAAGAGAAAGUCAGCUGGCUCUAAUAGUCACUCCGUUGGAACAGCUAUUACAAGGCAUCAAUCCCCGAACUAAGAAAGCAGAUAAUGUGGUUAAUAUUGCCAGGUACCUCUAUCAUGGCAAUAGCAAUCCGGAACUGGCUUUUGAAAGUGCAAAGAUCCUUUGCUGUAUUUCUUGCAAUUCUAACAUUCAGAUAAAAUUAGUAGGAGAUUUCACACAUGAUCAGAGUGUAAGCCAGAAACUGAUGGCUGGAUUUGUGGAGUGCUUGGAUAGUGAAGAUGCAGAGGAAUUCAUUAAUCCAGAAGAAGAGUUAGAACCUGAUAAGAAGUUAGCACGAAUCCGUCACGAAACAAGAAUCCACAUCUUGAAUCUUCUCAUCACUUCUCUGGAGCGCAACCCACCCAAUCUUGCCUUAUAUCUCCUGGGCUUUGAAUUGAAGAAACCUGUUAGUACUACGAACCUCCAGGAUCCAGGAGUCUUAGGUUGCCCUCGGACUUGUCUUCAUGCCAUAUUAAAUAUCUUGGAGAAAGGAACAGAAGGGAGAACUGGUCCUAUGGCAGUAAAGGAAUCACCUCAACUUGCGGAACUGUGCUACCAGGUUAUUUAUCAGCUGUGUGCAUGCUCAGAUACAUCUGGUCCAACUAUGAGGUAUUUGAGAACCAGCCAAGAUUUUUUGUUUUCUCAGUUGCAGCAUCUACCAUUUUCUAACAGAGAAUAUGAAAUAUCCAUGCUGAAUCAAAUGUCCUGGCUUAUGAAGACUGCCUCAAUAGAGCUAAGAGUAACUUCUCUUAAUCGCCAGCGCUCUCACACUCAAAGACUACUGCACCUGUUGCUAGAUGAUAUGCCCGUCAAACCCUACUCAGCAGAUGGUGAAGGAGGAAUAGAAGAUGAAAAUAGGUCUGUCAGUGGGUUCCUUCACUUUGAUACUGCCACAAAAGUACGUCGAAAAAUACUAAGUAUUUUGGAUUCAAUUGACUUCAGCCAAGAGAUUCCUGAGCCUUUGCAAUUGGAUUUUUUUGAUCGUGCUCAGAUUGAGCAGGUCAUUGCCAACUGUGAACACAAGAAUUUGAGGGGGCAGACAGUUUGCAAUGUUAAGCUUCUUCACAGGGUUCUUGUGGCAGAAGUAAAUGCUCUUCAGGGUAUGGCAGCUAUAGGCCAGAGACCUUUGCUUAUGGAGGAAAUCAGCACUAUUCUACAAUAUGUUGUGGGCAGAAACAAAUUGUUACAGUGCCUUCAUGCAAAACGGCAUGCACUGGAGUCAUGGAGACAGCUGGUAGAAAUUAUUCUAACUGCUUGUCCUCAGGACCUCAUACAGGCAGAGGAUAGGCAAUUGAUUAUUCGUGACCUCUUACAGGAUGUACAUGAUAAGAUACUAGAUGAUGAUGCAGCUCAAGAGUUAAUGCCAGUUGUGGCGGGGGCUGUGUUUACCCUUACAGCUCAUUUGAGCCAGUCUGUACGGACAGAGCAGAAGCAGCCUCAGCCAUCCCCCAUGGCUGCUGCAGGGCCCGGAGAAUCCCAGUUUGUUUCGAUGCUCGAUAGUUCUUUCACCUUGCCGCUUGCUCCGGAGGGCAUUACUGUGGGGUUUGCUUCUAUUGGAGAUUCCUCUCUUCACAUCAUAUUAAAGAAACUCUUAGACUUCAUUUUGAAAACAGGUGGUGGGUUCCAAAGAGUGAGGACGCACUUGUAUGGCUCUUUGCUUUACUAUUUACAGAUGGCCCAGAGGCCAGAUGAACCAGACACUUUAGAAGCAGCUAAGAAGACCAUGUGGGAACAGCUAACAGCACCUGAGGAUGUUUUCAGUAAAUUGCAGCGAGAAAACAUAGCUAUCAUUGAGAGUUAUGGAGCAGCCCUUAUGGAAGUAGUCUGUCGAGAUGCCUGUGAUGGUCAUGAGAUUGGAAGAAUGUUGGCCCUGGCAUUGCUUGACCGGAUUGUUUCUGUAGAUAAACAACAGCAGUGGCUCUUGUAUCUCUCCAACAGUGGUUACUUGAAGGUGCUUGUGGACAGCCUAGUGGAAGAUGACCUCACUCUACAGAGCUUGCUUACUCCCCAACCUCCUCUUUUGAAAGCUCUCUAUACUUAUGAAUCCAAAAUGGCAUUCUUGACAAGAGUGGCCAAAAUACAACAAGGAGCAUUAGAACUGCUGAAGUCUGGUGUGAUUGUGAGACUGGCACAGUGCCAAGUUUAUGACAUGCGUCCAGAGAUAGACCAUCAGGGACUGUUUGGCAUGAGAGACCCUCCCGUAUUCAUUCCUGCUCCUGUGGAUCGAUAUCGCCAGAUUCUUCUGCCUGCUCUCCAGUUAUGUCAGGUCAUCCUCACAUCAAGUAUGGCUCAGCAUUUGCAGGCAGCAGGACAGGUGUUGCAGUUUCUCAUCUCCCACUCUGACACCAUACAAGCAAUACUACGCUGUCAGGAUGUCAGUGCAGGCUCCCUGCAGGAGCUAGCCCUCCUCACAGGAAUUAUCAGCAAAGCUGCAUUGCCCGGGGUGCUAAGUGAACUUGAUGUUGAUGUAACCGAAGGGUCUCUGAUGGAGCUACAGGGUCACAUAGGGCGUUUCCAGCGUCAAUGCUUAGGACUAUUAAGUCGCUUUGGUGGUUCAGACAGAUUGCGGCAAUUUAAAUUUCAAGACGGUGUGGAGGGAGAUAGAGUGAACAAGAGAGAUGAGAUUGAACUGGCUAUGCAACAGAUUUGUGCCAAUGUCAUGGAAUAUUGCCAGUCACUCAUGUUACAGAGUUCUCCUACAUUUCAGCAUGCAGUAUGUCUCUUCACCCCUAGCCUUUCUGAAACCAUUAACAGAGAUGGACCACGACAAGACACUCAAGCACCAGUGGUCCCAUAUUGGCGUCUGCCUGGCUUGGGCAUUAUUGUCUACUUGCUGAAACAAAGUGCCAAUGAUUUCUUCACUUAUUAUGACAGUCAUCGACAGAAUGUCAACAAACUACAGAAUGUAGAACAGCUCCCCCCAGAUGAGAUAAAAGAGUUGUGCCAGUCAGUGAUGCCUGCUGGAGUCGAUAAAAUCUCCACUUCCCAGAAGUACAUCUUGGCAAGACGACGUUUGGUGAAGUUGAUCAACAAUCGAGCCAAAUUGCUUUCCCUUUGUUCUUAUAUUGUAGAGACCUGCUUAUUUAUUUUUUGGCGCCACUUAGAAUACUAUCUGUUACGAUGCACUCCCACUGAUUCCCAAGAUUCUCUACUGACUUCUAGGGCUACGUUUAAAAGUAGGAGGUUACAAGAUGCUUUCACUUCAGAAGCAAACUUGGAUUUCAGAAGUGGGCUGACUCGAGUGAGCCAGCAUGAUAUAGAGCAGCUUCAGAUUGAGGCCAUCAGUGUCUUUGGUGAAUCACUGCAAAAGAAGCUUCUGGAUAUUGAAGGAUUAUACUCCAAAGUUCGAUCCCGCUAUUGUUUCAUACAAGCACUUGUCAGGCGAAUCCGUGGCUUAUUAAGGCUGUCAAGGGGCUGAAAGACUCUUUGUAGUCCUUUCUUCCUGAACAGAUGAAAUGAGGGACACUUUUAAUUUUAGUUUUAUAGACCAGCUAAAUUAUGGCCAAAAAAUAUUUUCAUAUUUUUCUUCUUAUACAAAUAGUUUUUCUGUACAAUUUCCAUCUUGAUUCCCCACUAGUAAAAGUAAAAAUUAAAAAAAAUAAAAUGUUUUUUUUUUUAUUUUAAACAAAUGGAUAUUCCAUCUUUUGAAAAAUGACCCAGUGAAUGAUCCCCUAUUUGGGAGUGGGAGGGCAAAAAAAAUUCUUGGAUCCUAUUCUAUAUGUAAAACAAAAGGUGUAUUAUUGAAACUUCGGAUUUUCCUUACUUUAUCACAGUAAAACUAUGGUGCUGCUGUUUUUCAUGUUCAUUUUUACUCUUGGGGUAGGAAUAUGGAUAAGUAAAUAUAACUCAUUUUGUAAAUUAGGCCUAUUCAGUUUUUUGAGCAGUGUACUAUAGAAAUAGAAAACUGCUCUUUUCCAGUAAUGUUUUGUGGGCUGAAACUAUAAAUUCUGUUACACAUAUAACUGGAGGAAUAACUAUCUGACAAUUGUUUUUCAAAAGUUGUCUUGAUAUUUCCCAAAUCAACUUUAUAUUUUUAUUUCAUAUAUAAUUAACUUGAUGGAAAUGACCAAAAUUUCACAUGAUCAUUGCUCUAUCUAAUUACUCUAUGUCUGGUCACACUUUCUGUCUAGUGAAAGUGCUUCCUUUUUCAUUUCAAUCUUACCAUUCUGGUCUAACACUUCAGAAAUACUGUUGAGAAGAAGCAACAGCUCUUCUAAACUCAGGUAAGCAAAGAAACUGAAAACUUUGCUUUCGAUGUUACAGAUUUUCAUGGUAAUUAAGAAGACAAAAUAACUACAGAAGAUAUUUAUCAAAAUGCCUUUGUUUCUCUCAGAUAGUAUUUUGGAACUGGUUUGGAUACCCAGAAAUGCUGGUAAGAUUUAGAUAGAAAAGAGGGAGACCUUCCAGAUAAUAACACCAGAAGGGUCAAAAGGUCAGAGGUAGUGAGUAUACAGCAUGUUUAGUGACACUGAAUAGACCAGUUUGCCUAGAACCAGAGGGUUUUGUGUAGGAGAGCAGUGGAGAAUAAAACUGGACAUGUAGUGGCUUGGCCCUGGCCUACCCAUCACAGGACAAAGCUGUACAAAAAAUACCAGGAGGAGAGAGGCAUCCUGGGGUGGGGAGUCAAGAAAUCCUUGUUUCAAGUCCUGCCUCAGACAAAUAACGGGUUGUGUAACCUUAGGCAAGUCGCCUCACUUCUCACUGUCCCAGCUAAAACUAAAUCAUAGAAUUGUUGUCGAUCAACAUUGGUAAAGGGCAUUGAAAGAAAAUCUAGAGCAAAAACAAAAACAAAAUUAGGCUAGAUGUGUGGGGACCAAGAAUCCCUUCCUUCACUCAGAAGAACCCUGGUAACAAAUAGGAGUAAUUAAAGGUAGUCUAUUUGAAUAAGAAAGAUGAUUAAAAAUGCCAUUUACAAUAGUGUAUACUUCCCCAUUAGACUUCUGGCAAAGAUACAAUAUUGAAAUAAACCAGAAAAAAGACAGAAAGAAAAGGGAGAAGGGAAAGCAUUUCUUUGUUAGGAGGCCUAGUUUUAUGAGGAAAGUGAAUGAGAGAAGUUUUCCUCUCCAUUCUGACUCCUCCUGCCCUCCCAUGCCUUCUGACUUGGGUUUUAAUUAAGUGUUUUAAUUAAGAUGGUGGAUCUUAAAGUCACUUGACUAGCUCCUUUUAAUUUGAUUCCUUGAGUAUCUGAGGCAAGGGUCAAGAACAUCAUUCCAGGCUAAAAAUAUGUAAAUAGUUAAAACUGAGAGAGAAGAUAACAGGAACCUCAGUAGCCUGUGGCAAUUUUGGUAGUGCAUCAAGCUAUACUACAUCAUGCUUCUGUGUAUCCCUUGGACAUCAGAAGUGGGUUAAAUUCUCUUCUUGUUUCUCAUAUAUAUUUGAUAAGGCAAGGAAGAGUGGAAAAUAUUUUGUAUAUGAAAUUUCAGAAAAGAAAUGGACCAAAGGGAGCAGCUAGAUGGUGCAGUAGAUAGAGCACUGGCCCUGGAUUCAGGAGGACCUGAUUUCAAAUCUGGCCUCAGACACUUAACACUUACUAGCUGUGUGACCCCGGGCAAGUCACUUAACCCCAAUUGCCUUGUCAAAAAAAAAAAAGAAAAGAAAAGAAAAGAAAUGGACCAAAAAAGGUUUUUUUAGAAGGAAGUUUCAAUUAUAUGGCAAUUUCAUGUAUGUACUAUAUUUCCUACUGGUGCUGGAUAAAUGGGGUAUUUGUUAUUACAUUACCAGUGAAUCAUGUAUUGUAAUUUUUUGUCACUUGUUUAAUUUUGUCAUACAGAAGUUAAUUACCUGCUUUUGUAACUUUUGUCUAAGUACUUGAAGACCACAGGUUAAGAUAAGUCUAUUGGCUUUCCCUCUAUGGAAUCUUCAGACUUGACCAGCUUAUCGAUCUCUCAACCAGUUUUAUUGGGAGCCUAAUUCCUAAUACAGCCUGGGUAGCUUGACACACCACACCCUAUGUGGAGAAGAGGGAACUAACUAUAUGUAAUGUCAGUUUGGGUUUGGAUGAGAAGGUCUCAACUCUUCAUUCUGCAUUUAACUCUCUCCAUUAUUUUGCACAGUAGAUAUUGUAAAAUUGUUUAGGUUAUUGACUAUCAACAAAUAAAAUUUCAUUUUCUCUAAUGCCUUAUGGCAGUGUCACUGUGACCUGGGUUCUUGAAAGGCAUGUUAGCCAGGAUUUGGUAGAUUCUACCAAACUGGAGAGGCAUCAGAUCAGGGAGGGAUGCCUUUUAUGGACUGUAUGUCAUUGGAAGGCUGAAUUUUGAGAAACUUCACCAGAGCAGCUAUGUGGUACACUCUAAUAGAGUGGAGAACUUGGAGUCAGGAAGACCUUAGUUCACAUCCUGCCUUUGGCAUUCCCUGGCUGUAUGACCCUCUUGGAGUCCCUUAACCUCUCUGUGCCCCAGUUUCCUCUUUUGUAAGAUGGGGCUAAUAGUACUUCACAGGUUGUUGUGAGGAUCAAAUGAGCUAACACAUGUAAAGUGUUGAAAACCUAAAAGUGCCAUGUAAGUAUUAGCUAUUAUCAUUACCAGAGGGUAGAUACCAGAUGAUGAUUUUUUUUUCUUUGUCCAUGGCAGUGAGGUGAGUAUCUGAGAUGGAAAAGCACUAUGCUAGGCUUUACAGAUACAAAGAUAACUAUUGCAAUAACUUCCUGAUUAGGCUCAAUUUCAGUUUCUCCAAGUCCAUCCUUAACACCACUCUCAAAUAUUCCUAAAGGAUGAAUUCUCUUACCUUGCCACUCCUCUGCUUAGAAAGCUAUAUUGGCUUUCUCUUAUUUCUAGGUGGUAACUGUUUUGUUGUAUGUCAUGGACCCCUUUGGCAAUCUGAUGCAUCCUAUGCACCCCUUCUCAGGAUGUUUUUAAAUGCAUAAAACAGAAUCCAUGGGAUCCAUGCUCAUUUUUGUCUCAGAAUGAGUGCAAAUAGCAACUGUUUUCUGUUCUGGCCAGAAACUCUGAGGGUAUUCCCCUCCCAUAUCGAUUCUUUUGGCAAGGCAAACCAGGCCAUCUUUUGUCUCAGUUCUUACUUAGCCUUUAAUCACUGAGACUUGGAAAGACCUUAGCUUAAAUAGGCCAAGGUCUUCCACUGCAUCCUGGGCCAUCACCAGUUGUCUUGACUUAUGCCUUGCCACUGGACUCCAAUGCUUCUGGAAGAGAGAGUGUGGCUGAUGAUUUUGCACAGCUCUUUGUCACUUGAAUCCAGUUCACUUGCUAGUCAACACGUCACUCUGCUAAUGUCAUUGGUCCUCUUUGAGGACAAACCACAACAAGAGCUAGAAGGGUCUUCAGAAGCUAGUCCAACCCCCUCAUGUAGGGGAGACUGAGGAGAGGGGAGGUUAAGUGAUUUGUCUGGAGUCCCACAGGCAUUAAGUGGCAGAGGCAGGUUGGAAUUCUGGUCCUCGGAUUCUAAAUCCAUUGCUCUUUCUGCUGUGUCACUUCGGCCUGCCUCCCUUACCUUUAAAGCCCCUCACCAUACAAUUCCCGCUUACCUUUCUAGGGUUAGUGCGUGUGACUUUGGUUUCAUGAAUUCUGCCUUCCAGGAAAACUGACUAGUAUUCUCUUUCCUGUACAUAACAUUCCAUCUCUUGUCUCUUUGACCUUGUACUAGCUCAUACUGCAUCAUGCCUGCAUUCAGUCUUCUUGAAUCCAUAACUUUCUUCAAAGCUUAAUUCCAAGUCCCCCCUUCUAACAAGAAUACUGUCUAGAUUAUCCUCUCCCUGCAAAAGAAAUUAUUUUGUAUUACAAUAUACAUAUUUAUAUAUAUACAUAUACAUGCAUGCAUAUUUUCAUAUUUAUCUUUGCCCAUGAUUUACUUUAUUGGAAUAUAAAUUCCUGCAAGGCAUGGAUUUUUUUUUGGGGGGGGGUGUGCUUUUGUGUCUCUAGCACCUAGCACAGUGCCUGACAACAAGUUUAAUAAAUGCUUAUCAAACGAAUGAAUAAGAAACAGACUGUGCUCUCAAGAAGCUUAAAGCCAAAUGGGGUGAAAGGCAUACACAGAUAACUAGCAUACGAGGAGAAUGUAAUAAAUGCAAGGACAGGGCCUCAGGAAAACUGGUCAUCUAUACCAGUGGGGUCAAACUCAAAUGGAGGUGAGGACUAAUUCAUACAGAAGGAUCCCUGGGAGCCACAUAUUGGCUUAGUUUUAAAAUGUAAUAUUACCUAUAUAUAUAUAUAUAUUUUUUUUCUUUUGUUAAAUAUUUCCCAAUUACAUUAUAAUCUGGUUCUUCUGGGGCCCUGCAUGGAUGUGCAUGUUUGACAUCUCCACUCUUAUAGUACAGAGGGUUGGAGUCGGCUUCAGGAGCACUCACACUAGUAGUAGAUGAUACCCUAUUUUUUGUAGUGUAUUGACUUGUUAUAAUGUUAGAUGUGCCUUUAUCCCCAUUUCUGGUCUAUUGACAUUUGACUUUUAAAGACUAAUGAAUCAGAAUGGCAUUUUAGUCUAGAGGAAAUGGCUAUCACCUCUCUGGAUCAGUUAUCUCAUGUGUAAAAUGAAAGAGAUGAGAUGAUCUCCCAAAUCCUCUAGGUCUAAAAGUGUCUAAUUUUAAUAAACAUCCUUUCAGAAUUUGAUUGCCAGGAACUUGUGGUUUGAGGUUACCACUAGAUGGUGCUAUUUGAGUAGCCUUAGCUCAGCAGUUAUUUCUUUGGAAUCAAAAUUUUGAGAAUCCCCAGAGAUUGAUUGUUUGUGUGUAUGUAUGCAUAUGUGUGUAUGUGUAUGUAUAUAUGCACACAUAUACAUAACCAAUAAGAAAGUUAUAGAAUUUUAGACCUGGGUAGAAUCUGAGAGAUGUAAUACUGGUGUACUAGCUUAAUUUAUAGUUCUCUUCGAUGAUAAUUCUCUGCUUUCGGGAUCCUAUCUCUUUAUAGUAUAGUGGCUAGUUUCUGUUGUUGACUGCUACUUUCUCUUCAGUGAUGAUACUUACGGUAUCUAGAAUUCACUUUUUACUGGUGCUUAGCUACAAAUGCCUUGGUGAUUGAUCAGUACUUCAGAAUGAGAGAAUGUCCAUUAUCUUACUUGCUCUCAUGUUGAUUUUGUUUCAAUUGAUGCAUACAGACAAUAAA